AUUAAUGUCAAAUUGUCGAGCUCGCUCUUCAAAUCGUUUUUAUAUUUUGAAAACUAUGAUAAUUCCCUUUUUUACCACAUACAUUUGAUAACUAGAUGAUGGCAGACUACAUUGAAGAAAACAACGAAGUAGAAAUGCUAGAAAAUAAACAUAAGAAAGAAAAAAAAGAAUUGCAAGCGCAUAUUCAAGCAUUAAAAAAAGUAGCAAAAAAUGAUAAAACAAAGAAAAAAGAGCUCACUGCAGAAAUUGCAAGGUUAGAAUUAGAACUUGAUAGUCGUCAAAAGAAAGAAAUCGAAGCGGUUUCGAAAGAACUUUCAAUCGAAAAUGGUUUAGAACAAACAGACGAAAGUGAAGAGAUAAAGGUUAAGUUAUCGAAAGCUCAAAAACGAAGAGUUAAAAAAGAACAACAAGAAAAAGAACGAGAGCAAGAAAUAAAGUUACAAGAAAAAGAAAACAUCAAUGGACCGAGAAAUUUAGAAAAUAAGGCAAUUUGUAAUAGAUUAAAAGAAAUUAAUUUGCAGGUAUAUCCUAUUUCUUCUGAUGGAGAUUGUUUAUAUAAAGCUGUUUCACACCAGUUACUCAUUAAAAGAAAGCAAUCAAUAUCAGUAGAGGAACUAAGAAAACAAACCUCUAAUUACAUAAGAGAAAAUAAAGAAGAUUUUAUGCCAUUUCUGAGCCACCCAGAAACAUGUGAUAUGCUGACAGAUGGUGAGUUUGAGGAAUAUUGUGAAAAAAUAAUAAAUAGUAAGGUAUGGGGUGGCCAAAUAGAAAUCAGAGCAUUAUCAAAUUAUUUGAAAUGUCCUAUAAGUAUAAUACAAGCAACUGGACCACCUUCUAUAGAGCAAGGUGAAGAGUUUGAGGGACCUUCAUUAGUUAUCACUUAUCACAGACAUAUGUACAGAUUGGGUGCACAUUACAAUUCUACUUUAGUCAUUGAAGAUGAACAUCAUAAUAUAGAAAACUAAUUUACUUCUAAGAGUCUACAUUGCAAUAAUAUG